UCCAAUCAGGAACUAAGUACUUUUAUCAAACUGUUGUCUUCCAAUGGGACGUUGGAUGAAACCAGAGGUUUAUCCAUUAUUGGCGGCGAUGGGAUUUGUGACAAGUAUGUACGUCUUUCAACUUACUCGAAACAUUCUCAUUAAUCCUGACGUUCGAGUGAACAAAGCGCAUCGUAGAAUGGGGGUAUUGGAGAACGAAGAGGAAGGAGAGAAGUAAUCAGAGCAUAGCCUCCGGCGGUUCCUCCGAACACGGCCACCGGAAAUCAUGCCAACAAUUAAUCGCUAUUUUUCUCAAGACAAAUAAAUAAUUUCAAUUAACACACACUUUCACUUUCUCCCAUUUUCCUUUUAUUAUAUUCCUUUUACACACUCUCUACUUUCUGUUUGCCCUUUGCUUUACGUCCCUUUUUGUCUUAGAUAAAUGUAAGGUGGCUUUGCCCACACAUUGGGGAAUAAUAACAAUUAUAGUAUGUUCAUAUA